AUGUCCGACGACGAUGAAUUCCUCAUGGACGAUGCCGCCGACGAGGACUAUGACUUUGACUACGAGGAAGACGAAGAGGAGGACGAGGCAGAUGCAGACAUUGAGAAUAUGUACUACAAUGCAAAGGCCAAGAAGGCAGAGGAUGCUGACGCGGCCAUUAAAGAUCUGAGGGCAGUGGUGGACAAGGAGACACAAAAAGGAGACUGGGGGUUCAAGGCGCUCAAGCAGAUGACAAAGAUCAAUUUCCACCGCAAUCUACACGACAAGGCCCUAGAGACAUACACCGAGCUCUUGGCAUACACAAAGUCAGCCGUCACCCGCAACUAUUCGGAGAAGUCUAUCAAUAACAUCCUCGACUACGUCUCCAAUGCUUCCAAUGUGCCUCUGGAGACAAUGGAGAAGUUUUACGCUGUGACAAAUUCGGCGCUUGAGGAGGCUAAGAACGAGAGGCUGAGCACAAAGACGGACCUGAAGCUUGCGCGGCUCUGGCUGGCUAGAGGAGAGUGGGGAAGGCUGGGAAAGACGCUUAAGGAGCUCAGAGCAUAUUGCACCACGAGUGAUGGAACUGAUGAUCAGAGCAAGGGGACGAUUCUGCUCGAGAUCUUUGCGCUGGAAAUCCAGAUGUAUAGCGAGAUGGGCAAUUUCAAGAGACUCAAGGCGACCUAUGAUGCUACGCUGCAAGUCAAGAGCGCCAUUCCUCAUCCGCGAAUCAUGGGUGUCAUCCGCGAGUGCGGUGGCAAGAUGCACAUGGCAGAAAAGAAUUGGACAGCUGCCCAAGUAGACUUUUUCCAGGCUUUUCUCAUGUACGACGAAGCUGGCUCCCCACAGAGGAUCAGUGUGCUCAAGUACCUUGUUCUCUCCCACAUGCUCAUGGGAUCCGAGAUCGACCCGUUUGACUCGCAGGAGACCAAGCCUUACAAGAACGACCCGCAGAUUGUAGCUAUGACAAACUUAGUGGGGGCGUAUCAACGCCGAGAGGUCCACGAGGCGGAGCGCAUCUUGCGUGAGAACAAGGCGACGAUCAUGGAGGACAGCUUCAUUCGUGCCUAUAUCGAUGAUGUCCUCAAGGGGCUCAGGACGCAGUACCUCAUCGACCUCAUCAAGCCUUACACGCGCAUGGAGCUCUCGUUUCUGUCUCGCCAACUCAACAUCUCGACGGAGAUGGUCGAGGAGCUACUGAUGUCCCUCAUCCUGGAUGGCACGAUCAAUGGUCGAAUCGACGGGCUCAACCAACGCUUGGAGCUCAAGAAGGAAGACAGCGGAAUUGAUGGCCUCUCCAAGAAGAGGUACGAGGCGCUGGACAAGUGGUGCCGAGAGGUGAAUGCGCUGGGCGUUGCCAUCGAAGACAAGCACACCAGAGGUAGCGGGGGAGGUGUGAAGCUCCGCCCGAGCCUGGAGAAGGCAUACCCCGUGGAGGCCCAGAUUCAAGUCACGCCCGCCUGGCCGGCCAAUCUGGACCCCUUGAGCUAG